CGCCUCAAGUUGCUUUUUCGGAUUGCCAAAGCCGCGUGCGCCCCACUCGGAACACACACACACGCACACAUAGAAAACGAUAUUAUGCAUAUGUAUGUUUAAUAUAUAUUUCUCUGAUUGGAUUGGGGCAAAAACAAAACCCGAAGAGUGCGAAAACCGUGAAAAAAAAGUAAAAAGCCGAGUAGCUUUUCGAAUAAUAUUCUGUGCGAGCAAACGCGAGUAAAUAGCGACCACAACAACAAAAGCACAAAGUGAACAUUCGUUAAACAACCAAAAAGCAAGCCAAUUAGAAAAAUAAACAUAGUGCAAAAAUUCAAUAAAAAACAGCCGAAUAGAAAAGAAAACGCCGAGAUCGUGGAAAAACAAAAAGUUUAUCUAGCUGUAAAUCCGAGCGCCAACGUGGGAGGCAUCUAAGCGAAAACAGCGGAUAAAAAGGCACAGAGAGAGAAGAGCAAAGUGAUCUCUGGCAAAAUCUGAUGACGAAACGAACAUAGCGGCCGUGUGAUCAUUUAGCGUCCUGCUAAUUCAAUUUGAAUCUUCUGUUCUUGGCUUGGAUGUCUGUUUUUAAAAGGCUCCAGUUCAAUGUAAACAUUAAUAAAACCAUUAAAAAGAAAGGACUGAAAUCGAUUAGUAAGACUUUAUGAUUCAGUCUGAUACACGACCCACGUACUUAUAUUCUUCAUCAAAAUUGCCUUCUACAAAAAGCAAAGUUACAAUAAAUCAACAGAAUAUCAACUUUAAAAUCGUCAGAGUUGUUUUUGUUACAACACCAACAAUUGCAGCACAAUAUUACAAAAUAUUCAACAAAAAUAUCGCUGUGAGAAUCUGUUGGGACCCAUAGGCGUCGCGCUGAACGGCCCCGGCCUAAGGGGCCAUGACGCGUUGGCCCUUUAAUCUACUACUCUUGCUGUCGGUGGCGGUACGCGACUGUAGCAAUCAUCGCACCGUCCUCACAGUCGGCUACCUAACGGCACUCACUGGCGAGCUCAAGACGCGCCAGGGACUGGCCAUAUCCGGUGCCCUGACUAUGGCCCUGGAUGAGGUCAACAAAGAUCCCUAUCUGCUGCCAAAUGUGACGCUGGACCUGCGCUGGAAUGACACCAAGGGCGAUACGGUAUUGGCCACCAAAGCCAUUACGGAGAUGAUAUGCGAUGGCAUCGCUACCAUUUUCGGCCCGGAAGGACCUUGCUAUGUGGAGGCCAUCGUCUCGCAGAGUCGAAACAUUCCAAUGAUUUCCUAUAAAUGUGCAGAGUACCGUGCAUCCGCCAUACCGACAUUCGCCCGCACUGAACCGCCAGAUACGCAGGUCGUUAAAUCACUGCUUGCCCUCCUGCGGUAUUAUGCGUGGCAAAAGUUCUCCAUUCUGUACGAGGAUGUGUGGGCUCCGGUGGCAGAUCUUCUCAAAGACCAGGCCACCAAGCGAAAUAUGACUAUAAACCACAAGCAGUCGUUCAUCGAUAAUCGGGCCAAAUGUUGUGAGCUGAUGCUGGACUGCUGUCGCUCAGGGUAUUGGUAUCAGCUAGUGCAGAGUACGAUGAACCGCACUCGGAUCUACGUAUUCCUUGGGACGGCGAAUAGUCUCGUUGAUUUCAUGAGCUCCAUGGAGACCUCGGGUCUGUUUGCUCGAGGCGAGUAUAUGGUGAUCUUUGUUGACAUGAUGGUCUACUCCGAAAGGGAGGCAGAAAAGUACUUGCGCAGAGUGGAUCAAAUAGCUCUUAUGUCGAAUUGCCACAGCACGGAGAACUUCAACCAACUGGCCCGCAGUCUGCUCGUCGUGGCCUCCACUCCCCCAACGAAGGACUACAUACAGUUUACGGAACAAGUGCAAAAAUAUAGCUCGAAACCGCCGUUUAAUUUAUCGAUUCCCAAGCUGUUUGUUGAAAGUAAUUUUAACAAGUUCAUAUCGAUCUAUGCCGCCUACCUGUACGAUUCGGUUAAGCUUUAUGCCUGGGCUGUAGACAAAAUGCUGCGUGAGGAGACACGAGUCCUUACUGAUGAGGUGAUCUUUGAAGUGGCCAGCAACGGAACUCGGGUGAUCGAUACCAUAAUCAAAAACCGUACUUAUAUGAGCAUCACUGGAUCCAAGAUCAAGAUCGAUCAGUAUGGCGACUCGGAAGGUAACUUUUCGGUCCUCGCCUACAAGCCCCACAAGUGGAAUAACUCCAACAACAUACCCUGCAAAUAUCACAUGGUUCCUGUAGCGUACUUUCACCAAGGCGAAGAACUUCCAGAGUACAAGCUGAUCAAUGGCUCAAUAGAUUGGCCAUCAGGCGGUGAGAAGCCCACGGAUGAACCGAUGUGCGGAUUUGCCAACGAACUUUGCCAAAAGGAUGCCACCCACUACACGUCGACCGUUGCCGCCGUGGUUUUGGGCGUGCUGCUCUUUUGCUCCGGUGUGAUUACCAUGAGCAUAUAUCGAAAGUGGAAAAUUGAGUUGGAGAUCGAGGGCUUACUUUGGAAGAUCGAUCCCAACGAUAUCAAGGGUUACUCCGGCAACGAGAUUGUCUCCUCACCCAGCAAAGUCAGUUUGAUGAGUGCCCAGAGCUAUGGUUCCCGCUGGACCAACCAGUUUGUAACCUCCACAGGUCGCCUGCGUGGCGCUGUGGUCCGUAUCAAGGAGCUGAAGUUCCCCCGAAAGCGUGACAUUUCCAGGGAGAUCAUGAAAGAGAUGCGGUUACUGCGCGAACUGAGACACGACAACAUCAAUAGCUUCAUUGGCGCUAGCGUGGAGCCGACGCGCAUCCUUCUAGUCACGGAUUACUGUGCCAAAGGCAGUCUUUACGACAUCAUCGAAAACGAGGACAUCAAACUGGAUGAUCUAUUUAUUGCCUCACUCAUCCACGACCUCAUUAAGGGCAUGAUCUACAUACACAAUUCUCAACUGAUCUAUCAUGGCAACCUUAAGUCCUCCAAUUGCGUGGUCACCUCACGUUGGAUGCUCCAAGUAACUGAUUUCGGACUGCACGAUUUGCGCCAGUGUGCCGAGAACGAGUCCAUCGGGGAGCAUCAGCAUUAUCGAAACCAACUUUGGCGUGCUCCGGAACUGCUGCGGAAUCACAUACACGGCAGCCAGAAGGGCGAUGUCUACGCUUUUGCCAUCAUCAUGUACGAGAUAUUUAGUCGUAAGGGUCCGUUCGGACAAAUCAACUUUGAACCAAAGGAAAUCGUGGACUAUGUCAAGAAGCUACCGCUUAAGGGAGAGGAUCCGUUUCGGCCGGAAGUGGAGUCCAUCAUCGAGGCCGAGUCCUGUCCGGAUUAUGUUUUGGCCUGCAUCAGGGACUGCUGGGCCGAAGACCCCGACGAGCGACCCGAAUUCAGUGUCAUACGCAAUCGAUUGAAAAAGAUGCGCGGCGGUAAGACCAAAAACAUCAUGGACCAAAUGAUGGAAAUGAUGGAGAAGUAUGCCAACAACUUGGAGGACAUUGUCACCGAGCGCACGCGUCUCCUCUGCGAGGAAAAGAUGAAGACGGAGGAUCUGCUGCAUCGAAUGCUGCCACAGUCGGUGGCCGAGAAAUUGACCAUGGGUCAAGGCGUCGAGCCGGUAUCCUAUGAUUUGGUCACCAUCUACUUCAGCGACAUUGUUGGUUUUACUGCAAUGUCGGCGGAGAGCACACCGCUGCAAGUGGUGAACUUUUUGAAUGAUCUCUACACAGUGUUCGAUCGCAUCAUACGCGGCUAUGACGUGUAUAAAGUGGAAACAAUUGGAGAUGCGUACAUGGUUGUCUCGGGUCUGCCCAUAAAAAAUGGGGACCGACAUGCGGGAGAGAUAGCUUCUAUGGCCCUCGAACUGCUUCAAGCGGUGAAGCAGCACCGCAUAGCCCAUCGUCCCAACGAGACGCUGAAGCUGCGCAUCGGGAUGCAUACGGGUCCGGUGGUGGCGGGCGUGGUUGGUCUCACGAUGCCGAGGUACUGCCUCUUUGGCGACACCGUCAACACGGCGUCGCGGAUGGAGAGCAACGGCGAGGCGCUGAAGAUUCACAUUUCCAACAAGUGCAAGUUGGCUCUGGACAAACUGGGCGGUGGCUAUAUCACCGAGAAACGUGGCCUGGUCAACAUGAAGGGCAAGGGCGAGGUGGUCACCUGGUGGCUAACCGGAGCCAAUGAGAAUGCAAUACAGAAGAAGCUCGUGGACAUGAUGGACAUGCCGCCGCCGCUGUUCAGUCGUCCGCGAAAGAGUCCAAAACUAAAUCCCGACUCCCGGCAGCCGAGCAUCCAAGCCAUGCACUUCUGCGGCACCGGAUCAAGACGCCAGAGCACUGUGCCCAGGGCGAUGGACGGGGAGUCCACGUACAGUCUCCAGGGAUCCGUGAGGGAUUCACCGCGCCUGGUCGGCAAACGGGACAGGGAUCGGGAGCGACCUUCCAUCAAUGGUCUGAGCACAGGUCUCUUUGUGGGCGGAGCUCUCCUUGAAUCCUCGCAGGCCUCGCUCAGCACGCUGAAUCAUUCCGAAACAAACGAAACGAACUGUGAUAUGGAUGGGGGAUCGGGAGGAGUGUCAGGAUCGGGAUCUGGACUAGUGCGUCAGCCCAAUGCGCUGCACAAGCCGUUGGCCAUGGUGCGCCCGCACAGGAUUAUUAGUGCUACCCAGUUACCCCAACUGGGAGAUAACGAGGAUGACUCUGCGGACAUGCUGUUGCGGGAGUCUCGCUCCCUGGACCCCAUGCCCAUGCAGCAACUGCGGAAACGACACGAUAGGGUCAAGCUGCCGCCCUCCAAGUUGUCAAAGAACAAUUCGCGAUCGCUAGACACGGGUGUAUCGCUGAUUAGUGGUAAUCCCAGCGGCGAGGUGGAGUCGAGUCAGCUGGAUCUGGAUGACGAGAUGUCCGUUAAUCCGGUGGAUGCCACCGAUGGCUACGACGAUGAGCUGGGCUUGCUGAUGCGCCACGACAACGGUCAGUUGCCCGCUCUCCGCUAUUCAGGCAGUUUUCCCAAUGCCCAGAUCAGCAUUGUUCCUGCAGGAGGAGGACGAGGAGGAGGUAGCAACUGUGCCAAGCACCUGAACAACAACUGCAAUGGCGGAGUGAGCAUCGAGGAUGAUCUAGAGUCGCCGCUGUUGCAACGGCAGGCAUCGCUAUCCGUUCCUCCGGAGGAAAUGCUGGCGCACAACAAGCGCUGGCACUCGCUGGAGCAUAUGGAUGGACCCGGCGGCCAUGGCGGGAAUAGCGUGAGCUAUGCCGCCGACAUUGAUAACCGGCAGCCGGGUGGUUUGGACUUCCUUAGCGGCUCCUCCAGUCAGCACACAGCCAAAACGGCUGGCGGAAGCAAGCUGACCAACUGGAUGUCCAACAUAUUCAAGGGCAAUGGCGUCCGCAGCGGUGAGGCUAGGCGAGUGGGAAUGGCGCCCAGUGGAUUGCAUGGAGCACGCACUGGAUUCACCGACAUGGCGGCGUCGGCAGCAGCCCGGGAUCGUGAGAGUAUAGUGUAGAGAUAAUGAGGAGACAGAGUAGAAACUAAGAGAGGAGGAGCAGGAUGACCAGGAUGAGCUGGAUGAAGAAGGUGGAAAAGUUACUCAGGAACCGUGUCGAGCAGGAAGCGAUCGUCUUUUGGCUUAUUUCUUUGUUUUAUGUAUUGUAGCUUGUAUUGAUUGAACGAUUUGUGUGUCUGUGUUGAAAGUCCUCCACUUAUAAACAUAUACCAGCCUGUUCCAAAAUAUUUAACCACACUGGCAUUGCAGGAUUUUAAAAUGUCCUAUGGAAUUCCAAACUAUUUUUAUUUGAUUCCAAGUGGAAUCCUGCGAUCCCGAAGUCGAACAGCGAGCAGAAGCUGAUGCGAAAAUCAUACAUAGCAUAUAUUUGAUAACUCUACAUACAUACAUAUUAGAGAAGCCGAAAAAACCGUCUAGUCACAAGGUCUUCAGACUAGUUAUUGUUUUAUAUAAAAUACACAUACACACCCACACAUAUAAAUGUACGUUUGUAAAUGUAACACAUACACACACAUAUUUAUACGACGAUGAAGAAUCAAAAACAAAUAUUUUAUGUAAAUGUAAUCGAAAAUUUUUGGCUUCUAUACAAGAUGCGCUGCAGCAAACAAAUUAAGCUUAAAACAGAAACUAGUUAAUUUAUAUAUUUGAAAACAGAAGAAAGUGGAAAAAAUAUAAUGUAUCAAUGUGUUUUGCUAGUACGUAGUUAAGUGCGUGUGAUUGUACGUAAUUUUUAAGUCCCUACAACUAAAAUAAUAAUUUUAAUUAAUUGAUUAUGAAAGAGAAUUGUGAGCAGAGCAAAAGCGAGAAAUGCGCCCGAUGCGUGGUGUUAGCUGUAUGUAUGUAUGUAUAUUUUUAAAAGAAAAUUUGUUAAAUUUGCCAUAUAUAAAUACAAACAACUAUUAUA